ACUUGUUCAGAUGUUGCCGACUGCGAGAGUCAUUCCCUCUUGUUAGCGGUCGAUCCGACGUCGUUGUCCUGUCACUUCCACAUUCCUUUUUAUCUCUGACUGCUCCUUCGAAACGCCAUUCUUUGUCACUAAUACCUCGUAUACACACUCUUUGUCACACACUCUUAGCACGAACUAGGCGGAUCUGUAGUACACACGGAUUCGGGAGGGUGCAUUCAGCACCGCACAAGGUACCAGGAUGCAUUUGGAAAGACCUCUCUCGUUUAAACGCGCCUCAGCGCGGCAAACAUUAUAUCCUUAUCCGGACUCCCCCGCCCUAGGAGAACAAGACCGUCAGUCAAUGUCCACAACCGGAGGAGCUUUGCCUCGAAGGGAGACUUAUAGAAGCGGCGUCUUCUCAUUGCAACCUCAAAAGACCGGAGAACAACUCGGUAGAACGCGGGAUGACGACGGAUCCGGCGACGAAAGAGACCCAGCAGAGAUUGAAGCCGCAUACCUGAAUCUUGUCGGUGGAGGAGGCAAUCGCUCAAGGAAUAUCAGCUCUGAACUGUCAUUCGGUAUGGGUGACAAGGAUGGAAUAGACGGCCAGACAUACUCGGUCGAAGACUCGAAGAGGAGGACGAAUUUCUACGAAGAGCAAUUUCAAUACAAGGGGAACGGUCUCAGCAGUGUACGCGAGAGGAUUGAGAAGGACUCGCCUGUCGUGGCUGAAUUGCGCACCAAUGUCAUUGUCAAGGAUGAAUUCACCCUCGUCACCGACAUGUCAUACAAUCUCAGUCAGCGCUAUUCCCGUCCCGAGAGCAGCAUCAUGGUCAAUGUUGAACAUUCCGCCUGCCUGCUGCUUGCUGGCUCUUUCGAACCCGCAUACAUCCUCACCAUCACCGCCCUUCCCUCCCAAUUACAACCCGUCACCAACAAGCGCAAUUCGGCCUUGAUCCAAUCCUUCAUGGCAGACAUUCUUGCUGUCCCACCAGAAAGAGGCAUUCUCCGAUUCCAGCCCAUCGCAGAAGAGAAUCUGGCGACAAACGGCACCACCGUCUUUGGCGAGAUCGAACGCAUUGAAAAGAGCAGUAGCGACAACGACGUGACAGCCGCCAAUGCCAUCAAGCGCGCCUGGACCCGUGGCUCGCGACGAUCCGUUCACGCGAAGAAACCGACAGUCCGAAACACCGACGACGUUCCUUCCGCACUCCCCCAAGUCGCAAACACACACCUACCCACAACGAGCCACUCCCGCCAACCUAGCCAGAACCUCUCCCAAUCCGCCGUAUCUCUCACCUCCCACCCAGGCCCAGCUUUCGUCGCUGGUGCAACAUCUCCCGUUUUGGAAGAGAAGCCCGUAAAAGAGCAGACACCUACACCUGUUGCGACGCCGAAUGGCGAUGAGAAGAGAAAGAGCACGUUGAAUGGCAUACUGAAGAACGUCUCCAACUCUCCCAGGCCGGGCUCGGCUACACCUAUAAUGAAGCCUCCACCUAUACCGCAGACUGCUUCGCCAGUCAGUCCGAAAGUGGCCAAGAGGAAGAGUUUCAUCUCAAUCUUCAAACGAUAAAAUUCCGUGGAUCAUAAAGAGCUCGGAAAUUUGGGUCAAAAACAUGGUCAAAGGUUGGUUGGCUAUUCACAUUUGCAUAUCACGGCGUUUCUUUCCUUUUCGUUUCUUGUCUAUAGAUCUUUUUUUUCUUCCUCUGUUGCUGGCAUGUCAUAUAGACAUUGCCAAUUUCGUGUGUCUCUUGCUUUAUACCCUGUUUGGAAACCCCCCAAUUUUUCUGCUUUCCAGUUGAGCAUUUUCUGGCGUUUCCCUUUUUUUGUUCUUUCACAAUACAAAUUCAAAGUAAUAUUCUCCCAUCCAAUUCCUCUUUUUCUUAUGUUUUUCAAUGCUCUUGCGGGUGACACCUUGCUGUCGACUCCUUUGACGAGGUUCGGUAUUACACUACAGUGAUGCAUCCAUGCUUUUUGGUGAAAUCGCAACUGUCAAAUGAGAGUUUGGAGAUAAUCGGUUGACUUCAUGAGAUUGAAUGAAACUAUUAUCAUGCGUUCUGUACAGCUGAGGUG